AUGUUUCCAUUUAAUAACAUCUUCAAUUUUGCCCUAUUAAUAUGUAUUGUAAACGGUAUUGGCAUUGAUGAAAUUGAAGAUGUAGGAAGUAGAUAUAUAUCAAGUGUAGUUGUGCAUAGAUCUCGCGCUUUUUUGGCUUUGCCUAGAAGUGUUUGUACAGAUGACAAAGAGGUUCCUACAUUAAUAGAAACCCAUUGGGAUGCAGGACAUGUAGAUCUUUUCAGUAGAUUUUCUCAGAAACUCACAAGACAUAAAAUUUUAUCUUCUCAAAUGUGGGGCGAUUGCCACUCCAUACAAGAUGCAGUAUCCUUAAGUAUGGAACCUACGAAACCAAAAUUUUGGAUCUUGGACAAGGGAAAUGAAUUCUGUAGCCCAAAAAUCUUAUCAUAUAAUCUCGUUUUUAAUCACGUGUCGGACAGAACUGAGCUCGUUACAAUCGAUGGCAGUAAUUUGAAUGUAAUGGUUAUAGAUUACUCAAGAGAAGAAGAUGGCGGGUUUAGAGCAUAUAUUGGACAUGCAGAAGAAAAUGUGAUACUUGUAUUUUCUUUGGAAAACUUGGUUUGGUGGAAAAUCCAUUUGCUUGGAAGUAGCUCAUCGGCUUUUCCAGUCAGAGCAGAUUAUUUAGCGAUAUCUAAAGUUACCCCAGAGUUAUUUAUAACAGCUAAGAAUUCACUGAACGUAUUCAGUAUCAAUUUAAUACAAUUAAGAAACCUGAAAGAGCCUCACAUAGUUGAUUCGCAGGACAAGUCACUUAUUUUUAACGCUACAAUGCUCGGUGAAAAGCUCGGAACCUCUACAGGCAUAGAAUCUGAUUUUGCGUCAGGUUUAAUUUAUUUUAUGGUUAAAGAUUAUGCUAUUGUUAGAUGGAAUAUUGUUGUCAAAUUCAAUGCUGCUCAGUUGAUCACCCAAAGACAACAGGUGUCCUUAUUGGUUAGAAGAGAAUUAGUAGAAAGAGCUCGAGACUUCAACAUCAUUCUUGAUGAUGUAUUCACCACAGAUUUAUCAUUUGGAAAAGACUAUACAGCAGCUGUAGAAUCCAAGCAGAUAGCUCAACAAGAAGCACAGAGGGCUGGUUUUGUAGUGGAAAAAGCCAAACAGGAGAGACAGCAGAAGAUAGUGCAAGCUGAGGAAGAAGCUGAAGCUGCUAAGAUGUUAGGGGAAGCCAUUGGAAGAAAUCCAGGAUUUUUAAAACUAAGGAAAAUCAGGGCAGCACAAAAUAUUUCUAGAACUAUUGUUAAUUCCCAAAACAAGGUAUACCUCAGCGGAAACAGUUUGAUGUUAAACAUCUCAGAUAAGGAGUUCGAUGAUAUGUCAGAGAAGUUGCAAAGUAAGAAGUGA